AUGAAACGUGUAAAAAGCGAGUCUUUCAGAGGUGUGUAUAGUCCCAGGAGGUUCAAGUUGUCACAUUUGUUGCUGGCCACAGCAGGGUUUUACUUGGUUUUCUUAGCGUUUAAGUUCCCACAUUUCAUCGAGAUGGUGGCUAUGUUGAGUGGGGACACUGGUUUAGAUGGGGCAUUGAGGGAUGCUGGAGAAGAUGUUAGUUUAAGUGGGUCGUUACGUAGUGACAUGUUGGGUAGGAAGCUAGAAGAUGAAGAGAGUCAACAUGGGCCUGCUUCUACUACUCAGAAGGUGCCACCAGGAGAGAAGAAGAAUGAGUCUAAACGAGUUCAGCAGGUUCCUUUUCGGUAUGGUAGAAUAUCUGGAGAGAUCAUGAGACGUAGGAAUAGAACUAAGCACAUGUCACCUUUUGAAAAAAUGGCUGAUGAGGCUUGGAUGCUUGGUUCCAAAGCUUGGGAAGAUGUUGAUAAGUUUAAGGUAGAGAACAUUGAAGAGAGUUCUGUUAACGAAGGAGUGGUUGAGUCAUCAUGUCCUUCUCAGAUCUCAAUGAAUGGAGAUGACUUGAGUAAAGCCAAUGGGAUCAUGUUGCUUCCCUGUGGUCUUGCUGCAGGUUCUUCUAUUACAAUCCUCGGAACUCCACAGUACGCACAUGAAGAAUCUGUUCCUCAACGUUCGAGAUUCACAAGAGGUGAUGGAAUGGUUCUGGUUUCACAGUUUAUGGUUGAGUUGCAAGGGCUGAAGACAGGGGAUGGGGAGUAUCCUCCUAAGAUUCUUCAUUUGAAUCCGAGAAUCAAAGGCGAUUGGAGUCACAGGCCGGUCAUUGAACAUAAUACAUGUUAUAGAAUGCAGUGGGGUGUUGCUCAAAGAUGUGAUGGGACUCCAUCUAAGAAGGACGCAGACAUGCUUGUUGAUGGAUUCAGAAGAUGUGAGAAGUGGACGAAGAAUGACAACACUGACAUGGUGGACUCAAAGGAAUCCAAGACAACUUCUUGGUUCAAACGGUUCAUAGGACGUGAACAGAAACCAGAAGUCACUUGGUCAUUCCCUUUUGCGGAAGGCAGAGUCUUUGUCCUAACUUUACGAGCUGGAAUUGACGGUUUUCAUAUAAAUAUUGGAGGAAGGCAUGUGACAUCAUUCCCUUAUCGACCGGGAUUCACCAUAGAAGAUGCUACAGGGCUAGCAAUAACAGGAGAUGUUGAUAUUCAUUCUGUUUAUGCUACUUCUCUUGCAACAUCACAUCCUAGUCUCUCGCCUCAGCAAACAAUAGAGUUUUCUUCAGAGUGGAAAGCUCCUCCAUUGCCUAGCACUCCUCUUCGCCUUUUCAUCGGUGUUCUGUCUGCAACUAAGCAUUUUUCGGAGCGCAUGGCAGUGAGAAAGACAUGGAUGCAGCAUCCUUCGAUUAAGUCUUCAGAUGUAGUAGCCCGAUUCUUUGUUGCACUUCAUCCAAGAAAGGAAGUUAAUGCAAUGCUGAAGAAAGAAGCUGAAUAUUUUGGAGACAUUGUGAUUCUGCCCUUUAUGGAUCGCUACGAGCUAGUGGUCCUAAAGACAAUUGCUAUUUGUGAAUUUGGGGUACAGAAUGUGACAGCUCCAUACAUAAUGAAAUGUGACGAUGACACAUUCGUCAGAGUAGAAUCAAUCUUGAAACAAAUCGAUGGAAUCUCUCUGGAACAAUCUCUCUAUAUGGGUAAUCUAAAUCUUCGGCAUCGUCCUCUUAGAACUGGCAAGUGGGCAGUUACAUGGGAGGAGUGGCCAGAAUCCAUUUAUCCUCCUUACGCCAAUGGACCAGGAUACAUAAUUUCAAGCAACAUUGCUAAAUAUAUAGUUUCCCAGAAUUCGAAACAAAAGCUUAGGCUGUUCAAGAUGGAAGAUGUGAGCAUGGGAAUGUGGGUGGAGCAAUUCAACACCACGAUGCAGCCUGUGGAGUAUUCACACAGUUGGAAAUUUUGUCAAUACGGUUGUACACUAAACUAUUACACAGCACAUUACCAAUCUCCUAGUCAGAUGAUCUGCCUGUGGAAUAAUUUGUUGAAAGGACGAGCCCAAUGCUGCAAUUUCAGAUGA